AUGAAAGAAAUUUCAGUUGACCGCUUAUCAAUCCAGUAUAAUGAAAAUAUGCCUUUAUUUCAGCAAAAAGAAGAUAGAAGCUCAAUCGAUGAAAAUAAUUUUUGCAUCGAAUAUAGAUUUUUGUCUCAUAAACUUGAAACACACUCGUUCAGAAAUUCUUUUAUAAAUCACUCAGAUAUCCCAUCUCCAGAAAAAAGGCGAGGUAUUUUGGUAACAAAAGAUGUUAUAAAUGAUUAUGGCCAAACACAAAUACAACUUUUUGGAAAUAAUGACAGUUUGCCUAAGCCAAGCCAAUUAGAAAAAAUUAACAACAGACAUAAUGAUGAAUAUGCAGACACAAAAAUUGAUAAGCUUGAAAAGAUUUUGCAACAGAAAAUUAAAAACAAGGAAAAUUUAGAAAGAGAAAUCAAGAUAAAAAGAAAAGAGCUUAAAAAUAUUGAAGCAUAUAGAGAUAAGGCAAAUAAAAAGUGUUCAAAAUAUAUAGAAAUAGAUGAAAAUCUUUCAUUGAGCAUGCAAAAUCUUAAAAUAGAAUCAAAUGAUAAAAAUAUUUUAAUCAAAGACAGCGCUAACACAUUAAAAGAAUUGCAAACACAGCUUGAGAAAAAAGAAGAAGAAAGCAAGUCUCUAUUUUUGAAGAUCGAGUUGGCAAAUAUACGAAUAAAGGAAGCAAUUUGGAUGAAAGAAGAAAAAGAAACCGAACUAUUUUUGCUAAAAAAAUUAACCCCAGAAUUCGACAGAGAGCUUCAUAACUUAAAUAGGAUGGAAGCAUUUAAUACAGAACAAAUUAAUGAACUUCGAGAUACUGAAUCAGGGCUAAAGGAAAUGGUAUCAAAUUUAGAAGAUGAUAUAAAGGACCAAAGGAAUAUUGUUAGUAUUUUGACCUCAACGAUCAAUGAAUUAAAUUUCAAAGCAAAUAAGCAGCUUGAAACUUUACAUAAACAAAAAGAAAAAAAGGCCAAAUUUAAAGCAGAAAUAGAAGAAAUCGAAAAAAAUGUAGAGAAAUCGAAUGAGAUUUAUGCGAAAAAUGAAAGUGAAGUUAAAAAACUCACUCCCCCCCCUUUAAAUUGGAACAAAAUAUCGGUAAAAUUUCCACUUUUUUGGUAAAUUAACCCCCCUUUAAAUUGGAACAAAAUUUAAUUUUAUAAUAAAAAAUUAUAUAUAAUUUUUAUCUAAAAAGUUUUGAUAUAAGUUCAAUGUUUCUUCUUAACUAAAAUUUAAAAAAUUUAUUUAUAUCUUGCUCUUUUUUAAAGAAAAAAGUAUAAAGAGCAUCUUAUUUAAAUAAAUUUAUUAUCCUUAAUUGGUAAAUUUUAAAAAAAAAUUAAUUUUUUUUUUUUAAAAAUUUUCAAAAAAAAUUUUUGUUUUUUUUGAUAAAAAAUGAUAUUUUUUAUUUGGAUAGUUUUGAUAUAAAUUGAAUAGGAAUUCUUUAUAAAAAUUUCAAAAUUUAGUUAUUUCUUGCUUUAUUUUAAAAAAAUAGAGUAUAAAUAACAUCUUAUUUAAACAAAAUUAGCACUUUGAUCGAUAAAUUUUCCAAAAGUUUUUUUAUCAAUAAAAAUAAAAAUUUUUGUGUAAAUAAUUUUGAUACCAAUUAAUAGUGGCGUAUUAACUAAUAAUGAAAAUUUAGUUAUAUCUUGCUUUUUUUAAAGAUAAAGAGUAAAUAGCGUUUUAUUAAACAAAAUUUAUUGAUCUAAUUCGAUAAGUUUUUGAAAUUUUUAUAUUUUUUAUAAAAAAUUUUAUAUUGAUAUUUUUUUUUAAAAAAAAAAUUAACCCCCCCUUUAAAUUGGAACAAAAUUUUUAGUUCCAAUUUAAAAGGGGGGGGAAAAAAUGUUGGAGACCAUUAGCUGUCUUGAAGAUAUAAGCCAAGAAAUUAGUGCAUUUUAUAUAAUUCUAGGAGAAAAUUCACCUUCAAGUAGGAUGACAAUGACUUCUCAUGGAAGAAAAUCUAUAUGAUUUUAA